CAUAAUAGGCGUACAGUUAUACACAUGAGGCGGCCGUAGAAAAUAGGUUCGGUUCAUUAAUCAUUAACAUAAGCAAGAAGCAUAUAGCGAAGGCAGAGAGCGCACAGUUGGGAAAACGAAAGAAAGAGAGAAUGAACCACAACCCGCAAUCCAGCGAUGGGAAGCACGAUGAUGACUCUGCUCUCUCCGAUUUCCUUGCCUCUCUUAUGGAUUAUGCUCCCACUAUACCUGACGAAUUGGUGGAACAUUACUUAGCCAAGAGUGGAUUUCAAUGUCCCGAUGUUCGAUUAAUAAGGCUUGUCGCUGUUGCCACUCAGAAGUUCGUUGCGGAAGUUGCAAGUGAUGCACUUCAGCAUUGCAAGGCAAGGCAAGCUGCAGUUGUCAAAGACAAAAGGGAGAAGCAGCAAAAGGAUAAGCGCCUAAUCUUGACGAUGGACGAUCUUUCAAAGUCAUUGCGUGAGUAUGGGGUGAAUGUGAAGCACCAGGAGUAUUUUGCUGAUAGCCCGUCAACCGGUAUCGAUCCCGCUUCUAGAGAGGAAUAGUUGGGCCAUGUUAUUUACAUGUUUGUAUUUAGUUGAUCUACAUUUUUUUGCAUAUCUAUGAGAUGUUAUGCUAGGGCUACCGUAACAUGCUGUUCACUUUUCUUCACAUAAUAUUUUUCUCCCUCUUGAAUUUUAAAAGAUGAUUAGCUGGCAAAA